UGGCAAGUGCAAUGAGGAGAGGCAGCCAAUGAGUGCAGAGCAUCUUUCAGAACUAGUGUCCCUUCACAUUUUAACCCUUUGCUCUUUGGCUCGUACAGCUCCAGGGCCCCUUCUAACUCCUCCCCUAGACACACCGUCUGAAACCCAGCAGGAGUAGAUAGGGGUGAAUGGGGAAGGGAAGUACAGGGCACUCCUCAUUUCUGUGCACCCAGUCUGAGGGCUGAACAGUCAGAGCCUGUGAGGCAACUUCUGUGCAACCCACUCAUCUGAGAGAGGACCCAGCUGUCAUGGACAGCCUCUUGAUGAAGAGGAGGCUCUUCCUCUACAAUUUCAAGAACCUGCGCUGGGCCAAAGGCCGUCGUGAAACCUACCUCUGUUAUGUUGUGAAGCGCCGUGACAGUGCUACUUCAUGCUCCCUGGACUUUGGAUACCUGCGUAACAAGAUGGGUUGCCAUGUGGAGGUUCUCUUCCUACGCUACAUCUCAGCUUGGGACCUGGACCCAGGCCGCUGUUACCGCAUCACAUGGUUCACCUCCUGGAGCCCCUGUUAUGACUGUGCCCGCCAUGUGGCUGACUUCCUUCGUGCCUACCCAAACUUGACCCUGCGCAUUUUCACGGCCCGCCUCUACUUCUGUGAGGAUCGCAAGGCAGAGCCUGAGGGGCUAAGGCGCCUGCACCGGGCUGGGGCCCAAAUUGCCAUCAUGACUUUCAAAGAUUACUUCUACUGCUGGAACACAUUUGUGGAGAACAGGGAAAAGACAUUCAAAGCCUGGGAAGGGCUGCACGAAAACUCUGUCCAUCUGUCCAGGAAACUCCGACGAAUCCUCCUGCCACUGUAUGAAGUAGAUGAUUUACGAGAUGCCUUUAAAACUCUGGGACUUUGAAGUGAAAGUCAUCAGCAAUGAGAAGACUUCACAAGCAUUUGUUCUUUGAUAUUUAACUCUCUCCCUCACAGUGUAUCUUUCUCUUCUUCCUUCUUUCCAUCUCUCUUCCUUCCAUACCUGUGUCCAGAAAUAAGAUCAUUUGUACUUUUCUGUCCUAAAAGCCAAAUUGAAAAACUCUCAUGAGAGUACUGAACUGAAUCCUGGACAGCUCAGUUCGAAAACCUCAUUUGAAACCAGCAGGUCUUCUAAGCGGUUUGUGUGCAGAUCUGGGCCCUCCUGCCCAGAAUGAAGGGAGCUUGGAUAGCUGUAGGUCCAGAUUUCGUUCCCUAUGACAGGUUGAAAUUAGACAAUAAAAGCCCAAAAUGAAAGCAAAAGAUUUUCUGCCCAACAUUUUCAAGUGUGAGCUUCAGAAAUAGGAAAUCCACUCAAUACCUACUCACUACAUUGAGAGCCGUGGCAGCUCCACAUCAGUGCUGAUCAGUGUAUGAACCUCUCACCCAGCCAGGAAAGGAGCCUCCAAGGCAUUUCACUAUGGCAGUGUUUUUCCAGCAUAAAUCUUCCAGGAAACACACUUCAUUUCUAAUUUGUAUCAUCCCUCAGACAUAUAGGUUGAGGUUCUCAUUUAUAUAGGUUGAGACUGUACCAUUUUAGAUGGUAUUUUGGCAUCCACAACAGGCACCAUCUGUUUCAUGACAUACUGCAGGGAGGAGCAGUACAAGCUUCACUAACAGAGUACUUUCCAAUCACAGAGCAUUUCUUCCUAGAUCAGACCUGCACCAUGCUUCAUCCCUAGGCAACUGUCCUCUGAUGGAGGCACCUUGCUUGUUCCAGUUUUACUUGGGCUUAUGUGAGUUCCCUUGAGUAUGGCUUACACAACAGAAGGCUUUGGCUGUGUACUGUGUUUAAAACCCUGGUAAUUUGGAAAAGUUAAGGAUUUGCUCUCUGAGCUAACUUGGUUACUCAAAACUAACCACUCUGUAGUUUCUUACCUGCUCUAGGGAACCCACUUUAGCAGGAUGGUUGGACUAUAUGAUAUCCAGAGGCCCCUACCACCCCCUACAAUUCUGUGAUUCUUGAAAUGUCAGGUUAGAAAGCAGUUGGAAAUGGUUGCUGUAAUUGUUUCUGUCUUUAUCCACAAGCAUGGAAAGAAAAUGAGAUUCUUGAGAUACAGCCCUCUUUCUUUACAGGCUUUUUUAUUGACUAUGACACAUCUAGAUAUGGCUAGUUGGUGACUAGGCUGAGCUGACCAGAAAAAACACCCAUCAUGAGUGAAGCUGUACAGCUUGUAGAUGUCUUUUGUAGGGGCAAAACCAAACGAUCUUCCUCUCUGACGUUCACUGUGUUUUCAUUAAGGGACACAGUUAGUACCUGGUUUUGUGGACAGUCUUUAUUAAGUUGAAAAUAUUGGCUUAUGGUACAUACCAACUUCCUGGAUUGCAGGUGGACUGUCCUCUUCAGUCCUUAACUUCCUCAGGCUUCACCAAGGCUAACAGUGUGUCUCGUACUCUGGAGGUGCUCUGUCUUUUCCUUCAUGAUGGCUGUGAGUUCUCUGCUCCAUCCUGUUCCUCUUUCUGGGUGAUGGGCCAGCAGCAGGACAGCACACAGCUCUUCACCCACAGUGCCUCUUUCCCUGAGAAGUAAGAGCUGGGUGCAGCAUGACCUUCCUACAACUCAGACUUCUGAUGCACUCUCAGUUUGAGGAAUUCAGACCAAGAAUAGCAGUGAGAGAUCUUUGCAAAGCAUUAAUUUGCAGAUAUGGUGUUGUAUAUUUGUUUG